AUGUCCUCGGUUUCUCUUCAGCAAGAACUAGAUUCUGAAGUGUCUGACUUUAUCACAGCCGGGUAUUCAACAGUCGCCGCAACGACUUUAGUGGUCUAUGACCUUUAUGCGGUACUUGGGAAUAUCAUAUGCAAUCAUCCCAUUAUCAAGCGUAAAACAGUAAUAACCCUGUUCCGUAGCAGUAUGAUGGCUCUCCGGGUAUAUGGGCUACUUGGCAGGUCUAGAGCAGUCUUGAUUGGUCUAUCAAUCUGCUUCACAAUCACAUUUGCCAUAAACAUCACUAGUGCUGUGCUUGGCAUGGCCCAUGGUUAUAUCACCAUUGCAACAUAUGCUGUAUUUGAAUUCAACUUCUGCACAUUAAAUACACCAUCGACUCUGUUGUGGACAUAUCCAGCAACAAGCAUGUUGAUUCUAGGCUUCGACAUCAUCCUUUGUGCUCUUGCUGUACAUCAUGCUGUUAAGCAUCUUCCCCCAUCAUUCUGGUGUCACCCACUGCACAUGGCAGCAAGUAUGAGAGCUCUGAUCAUUCGAGACAAUCUGGUAUAUUUCUUCUUUACGUUGAUGUCUAACAUGCUUCUUGCUGUGGAAUUUUCACCCUACAUAGUAUAUACCACAUUGUGGACCAUUCUGUCUAUUUUGGUGCAAGAAACUGUCCUAGCUUUGGUUGGCCCAUGGUUAAUCAUCAACCUGCGGAAGAGCUUCGAGUUGACUACAGGCGAUGAAGUAUCAGGUUCACGUGAACUCACAUCGGUGGCAUUUGCCAGCAUUCCUCCUGUUGAGACCGUUGGGAAUGUGGCCGAGGACGAAGUAUUGCAGGGCUCGGGGAGGGUGUCACAUACGUACUUGGGAGACGAAGUCUACAACCUGACAGACCGUGUGUACAACAUAUUUCCAUAUCUCAUCAUUCCUUUAUGUUCUCGUAUGCCUGGUACUGAUGAUGGGGAUACGCUAGAGAUAAAAUCUAGUAACUUGAAGGACACAUCUGGGUAUUGGUGUCCAUUAGAUGUAGACAUUGAUGGUACCGAUGGGCCUGGAAGCAAAGUUGACAACCAUUGGGAUGAUGCCAGCACGAGUGUCAUUACGCAUGACGCCGACCAUACUGAUGGUGAUGUGUACACAUCCUCAUCUGGAGAAGACAGCGAGGGGUACCAAAGCACUUUUGAGGACAACAAUGAGAAAGCAGAGGCAGGCUAG